AUGACAGGCAAGCUACGGAUAGGUCUCCUGGGUGCGGCAGGGAUUUCGUCUAAAACUGCUAUAGCAAUUGCUUCUCAAGAAUCUGAGUGUGUGGUAACAGCCAUUAGCUCUAGGAGCGAAGAAAAGGCAAAGAAAUUCGUUAAAGAUUGCCCUGGGUUGGAUUCAUCAACAACCAAAAUAUUCGGUGGAGCAAAUGCCUAUAAUGAAUUGAUUCAGUCUUCAGAUUACGAUGCCUUGUAUAUUCCACUUCCUGUCGCCGUCAAGAAAGCUUGGAUCCUCCAAGCCCUGCAAAAUGGCAAGCACGUCGUACUGGAAAAACCAGCGGCAUUGACUGCAAAUGAUUAUCAAGAAAUGCUGAAGGUCGCUUACGCCAAUGGGAAAUUCCUGCUCGACGGAACCAUGUUCCCGCACCAUAGUCGCAUGAGCAACAUCUUGGAACGUGUUGCCGCAGGUAAUGAUGUUGGAAGUGUGGAUCGAAUACAAUGUAGUUUUACGUUCUUGGCGGACGAGGCCUUCUUGAAUGGUAAUAAUAUUCGAGCACGCAAAGAAGAUGGAGAUCCACAUGGGUGUAUUGGUGAUGUGGGUUGGUACUGCAUUCGGUUUGGGCUCAUGGUUUACGAACGACUAGGUAUCAAUGUUAUCAGUGCCAAAGUCGUCGACUGUGAAGUCAACCAACAUGGUGUCCCAAUCGAUGCAACCUGUGUAGUGCGUUUCGAGGGCGGCAAGGUGUUGUGGUUUCACUGUGGCUUCAAGACACCCUUGAGACAACAAUUUGAGAUUUGCGGUUCCAAAAAGAGCAUCCUGCUGGACGACUUGGUGCUUCCACGCGAGAGCCCAUCCUCGUUCGAGUUGAAGUCUACCAAAUUGACUGCGCAUGAUCUCGUGACGGUCGACGAGAAGGAAACGGUAGAUUGUCCCAAUAGUCCACCACAUGAAGUACUCCUUUGGAAAACCUUCCAAUCGAUUGCACGCCGUUUGGAUGCCAGCACACAAACAGGGGCUUCCGAGUGGAAGGGCGACACUGCCGCGGAAGCGAACAAAUGGGGUGCCAUGUCACUUUUGAACCAAAAAGUGAUCGACGCUUUGAUGAAGAGUAUUGCUGAAGAUGGAUCGGAAGUAAAGAUAAUUGGUUAG